UUUGAAACAAGUGGUUGCUGCUAGCUAGCAUAACUGAACUGUAAACAUGAACCUCUGUAACUAGCAGCAAAUUACACGUGACUUUUUAAGGAUUGCAGUAAGUAACUCUUGUGUUUAGAUUAAACGCGUAUACACUCUGAGAUGGACCUCGAGGUUAAAUGCAGUAAGGAAAGCUUUUGGUCUGCGGUUGAUAUUUGGAUAAAGAAGCCUCAUGUAGUGAAUAAGCGGCUGUGCGGAGUGACAGAGACUGAAUACAGACAUGUGAGUUGUGAGGAGCUCGAGCGCUGCCUCUGUAGUUUCACCGGGAUUAGUCUGCGGGAUUUACCGGAAAUUUUACUUUUCCUGCAAGCGCACACUGCACCCACGAGCCACCAGACUGUACCAACCUGGAGUGUAGGAGGGAGAACCAUCAUCCCUAAAGCAGGUCUACAGAGCAGUGCAGCAAAGCUUUACAAGGAGAUUAUUGUUAAAGAUGUGAAUGGACAAACAGUGACAUUUCUGCCAGUUGAAGAAAACACUGAAGGCCACAUCAUUCUGAGGGACAGUAAUAUUUAUCAGAUUCAGCUUCAGGGAAAAACAGAUGAUUCGAUACUGUCUCUUCAUGUCCUGAGACUUGAUCAGUGGUAUAGUGAUGGCGUGGCCUACCCAAAACUCACCUGGUUGACUUCAGAGCUUCUCCCUAAACUAGCACGCUGGGCCACAGAGAGCAAAGCCACAGAGUUCAAGAGUACUCUGUCUCUCAUUCCUAUCGAAAAGUACAGCGUACUCUACCAGCAGCUGAAAAACAAAUACAAAGAGCUUGUCAAGGUCUGGCCUGAAGUUACUGAUCCUGAGAAAUUUGUCUUUGAAGAUGUGGCCAUUGCCACAUAUCUUCUUGUUUUAUGGGGUGAAGAGCGAACUGAAAAAGGAAUAACAUCCAAACAGUCUUUUGUGGACCUUGGUUGUGGAAAUGGCCUGCUUGUCCACAUAUUAAACAAUGAAGGGCAUCCUGGAAAGGGAAUUGACAUUCGCAAGCGAAAGAUCUGGGACAUGUAUGGACCCAAUACACACUUAGAGGAAAAGGCAAUCACGCCCAGCGCUGCGUUCCUCUUCCCUGAGACAGACUGGCUGAUUGGAAACCACUCCGAUGAGCUCACGCCAUGGAUCCCUGUUAUAGCAGCCAGAUCAGCCUACUACUGCCGCUUCUUUGUGCUCCCUUGCUGCUUCUUUGACUUCUGUGGGAAGUACCAGCGCCGACAGUGUAAGAAGUCUCAGUACAGGGAGUAUGUAGACUUCAUCAGUGAGGUCAGUGCAGCAUGUGGCUUCCAAACAGAUGAAGAUUGUCUGAGGAUUCCUUCCACCAAGCGGGUCUGCCUAAUUGGGAAGAGUAGGAGUUAUGAGCAGGCUCAGGAAGAUUUAGCUGAAGUGAAAAGAACAGAUUACAUUAGGGGACGGCAGGUCUUAAUCAACAACUCGGCAGUUGUCACUCAGAAAGAACACAGUGGACCUCAUCAUCAUGGAGAUGGACAGGAGAUGGCCAAAGCAGGAUGCGACUGGGGAAAUGGCUUUCAGCCGAGGGAGAAGAUCGAGACAGUCAGAAACUGUGCAGCUCUCCCUAGAGACUUUGUAGACGGUGUCGUCUUGAAGGUGGCGAUGACCUUGUUGGGACUCCCUGGAGAGAAAACAGAGGAGGAGGAAGAGAACGAGAUUGGAAAGGAGAGAAUUAGAUGGAAUGCAGGAGGCUCUCUCUCAGUCCGUGAGGUAGCUGAGCUGCUGGACCAGUCCACAUUACAGACACUGAAGAAGGAGUGCGGAGGACUACAGACUCUGCUGAAAAACAACCAUCAAGUGUUCAGAGUGCAAGGUGGAAAGGUUCACAUGCGUGACUGGCGCACUCAGGGCACUCAGACUGCCCUGAAUCGUAAAUCCCAAAUCUCAGGAGCAUUAAAAACUCGGCUCUGCUGGUUCCACACUCACCACCCUGAUGGAUGCCCACUGUCCAGCAAAGACUGUGUUUUUGCCCAUGGAACUGAUAACCUCCGACCCUCAACACGCCCCCUGAAAAAGCACAGUAGCUGAAUAUGAUCGAUGCACAGAACUUUUAUAUAUUUAAACAUGGAUUGAAACUCCAUGAAGACUCGCAGUGGUUUUGUUUUUAACCUUUAGCUUAAAGGAGAAUUCAGAACAAUUCUUGGCUUUGGAAAUUUGUCUUGUCUGUGUGUAAGUUAUCGAUACUGUCUUGGCUUUUUAUUUUUUGCUGUUGUUUGUAUAGCAACAGAUCAAACUGAAUUUCUUCUUUAAAAAUAAUAACAUUUAAACACAUGAACUCAGUAAUGACCACACAAUACAACUCUUGCUUUUUGAAGGGAUUUACCCCAUUGGGACAUAAAAACCUUUUGUGUAUGUGCCUGGGGUACUAUGUGCUAAAUGUUAAAGGCAUAAAUAAUUUGCCAUGCGGUGUAGGGGGCAGGUCAAUGUGUAGGUUAUUGUCCCGCUUCUCAAAUGUCACAGGACAGGAUGUCUAUGCUCUCUACAAUAAACUGAGGCUCCAGGGUUUA